GUGGAGUUUCCUCUGUAUUUUUUGGUCUUUUCCGGUAGCCGUUUGUACUUUCCUUUCCAUAACAAGGAACAAAGCAACAACAAUGGCGACCAUGGAACAGUGUCUGUUUGAACGAAUGGACCUAGAUGACACGUUUAAUUAUGCUGCAAAAUCGAUCAAGAAGGCGGCGGCGUAAGUGGUAUGUGGAACCGAGAGGAACGAUGGAGAACAUUGACCUGUAUGAGGAGCUGGGAAGUGACACUAUGACUGUUGUCUAUAAAGGAAGGAGGAUGGGCACUCUGAAUUAUGUAGCCUUCAAAUGUAAUGACAAAGCCAAGAGGCCUGAAAUCACCAACCAUGUCCGUAUAUGCAAAGAUCUGGAUCAUCCAAACGUUGUACGCUUUUAUGAGUGGUACGAGACCAAAAAACACUUGUGGUUGGAGGUGGAGCUCUGUUCAGGUGGUACCUUGGAGUCUGUGAUUAUUCGGGAUGGAUGUCUUCCAGAAGAUGUUGUGAGGAAGUUUGGGUGGGACUUGGUCAAAGGACUGGAACACAUCCACAAGUUACGAAUCAUUUUGUCUGACUUGACACCUGCUAAGAUCCUGCUGGAUAGUAGUGGCGUGUUAAAAUUGGGAAAUUUCUGUUAUUCCAAGACAGAGACAGAUACUCUUGAAGAUUUUUUAUUAUUAUGUUCUACAUGGGAAGAAACUGGAAAAAUAAAAUAUGACACAAGACAUCAAGACAUCAACAUCAAGAAAAGGUUUCAAGGAUCACCAACUUACAUGGCUCCAGAGGUUCUCCUGGGAUCAGAAACUACUGCAAUGUCUGAUCUCUGGGCUCUUGGUUGUGUUCUCUACUACAUGUACACUGCGAAACCGCCAUUUUACUCUACUUGCUACAGUGAACUAAAGGAAAUGAUUUUGUGUCAAGAACAAUCAUCUCCGACACAGAAAGUCUUUGAUGCAGUGUCGCCAACGACUCCUCCAAGUCGGGAUUUCCAAAAUCUUCUGAAACGUUUACUCAACAAAAACCCUGAUAAGAGAAUGAACUUGGCAGAGUUACUGAAGCACCGCUUCUGGACACUGAAAGAGAAGAAUUAGAAGAAGAAGAUGACAAAGAAUGUCUUGAUUUGCAGAGGCCAAAAAUAUGAAAUACUUUUUUAUGACAAAGUAAUACAACAAAACCUGCAAGAACUACCUUCGGGGUACAUAUAUAAAUUGUUUUAUAAACUCAAU